AUGAUUUACAAUCGCGGCACCUACGGUUCGUUCCAAGUAUGGGCAGACCUCGUCGGCGAUGAUGCUUGGCUGUUCGAGAAUGUGUUGCCAUACUAUGCCAAAGGUAUCACGUACUCGCCCGCCAAUGCGACAUUGCGUGCUGCGAAUGCGAGCGUGCCAUUACCGGCCAACCCUCUGGCGUUCAACGACACGGGGCCUCUACACGUCUCCAGUCCCAAUUUUGCGCAGAUUUUCGCCAGCUAUGUCGAUGGUGCUUUUGCCGAGUCGGGCAUUUCCUCGCAGCAGGACUUUGCCAGCGGCUCCCUGCUCGGCAGGCAAUAUGCACCACUCACCAUCUCGUAUCCCGAGGAAGAACGCAGCUCGUCGGAGUCUUCAUAUCUGCAAGCCGCUCUGCGAAGUGGUCGAACGAAUCUCAAAGUAUAUCCCAACAUGCUGGCCAAGAGAAUCAUCUUCAAUGGAACGAUGACCGCCAUGGGCGUGGAAGUCGAGGCGGCAUCCUACGGCAACAGCCAGACGUUCCACCUCAACGCAACCAAGGAGGUCAUCCUCUCCGCUGGCGCAUUCCAGUCACCACAACUCUUAAUGGUCAGUGGCAUUGGGCCUCGGGAGCAGCUCGAAGCGCACAACAUCACGGUGCUGGCAGAUCGCCCGGGUGUAGGUGCCAAUAUGGAAGAUCAUCUAGAUUUUGCGCCCAUUUGGGAGAUCAAUAUCGAGAACGGCGUGGGCGCCAUCGCCGACCCAGCAGUCAAUGGUCCCCUCAUUGAAGAGUACCGAGUGAACCGCACGGGACCACUCACGAAUGCCGGCGUAGACUACAUCGGCUGGGAGAAGUUACCUGAGCCCUAUCGAAGCGGUCUCAGCGCACAAGCUCAAGCCGAUUUUGCCAAGUUCCCUGCAGAUUGGCCCGAGAUUGAAUACGAAAUCACAGCCGCCUCCCUCUCCGGAACCGACCCCAGCAAACGUUUCGGAACCAUCAUCAUGAUCCCCGUCUCACCACUCUCGCGCGGCUGGGUAAACAUCACAUCCAACAACACCCGCGACCUACCCGUCGUGAACCCCAAUCAACUCUCACACCCGAGCGACCGCGAAAUGGCCGUACAAGGUUUCAAGCGCGCGCGAUCUUUCUUCCACACGGAAGCUCUACAGCCGAUUUUGGUGGGUGGAAACGAGUAUAUGCCGGGCCCGAAUGUGACGAGUGACGAGGCCAUUCUCGAAUAUAUUGAACAGUCGAGCUAUCAGAAUUGGCACGCGUCGUGUACGUGUCGGAUGGGCAAGGUGGAGGAUCCUAUGGCGGUGGUGGAUACGCAUGCGAAAGUGAUUGGGGUGACGGGACUUCGGGUUGUGGAUGCGUCGUCGUUUGCGGUGUUGCCUCCUGGACAUCCUGUGAGCACGGUUUGUAAGUUGUCUUUUUUGAGAAUAUUUUCUUUUUUGUUUACUUGUUGUUGA